GUACUCAGUGCAGUUAUCUUCGAAAGAAAACUUAUAUUUGUGUAAAGUCUUUAUAACCUUCUUCGACUGAGGUGUCGAUAAAUGCUUUGCGCUCUCGGAAAAUUCGAAGAAUGUUUUUAGUGCCCGUAAAGAUUUCAAUGAGUUAAAUUGCGUCCGGCAUGCGUUAUUUGAAAUCGAAUCGUUGUCAGCGGUAAAGAACGCCUAAAACAUGAAACAUCUAUCGUGGUGUAACAAUGGCUGUCGAUCUAACGGAGAAAAAAGACGGGGGUGUUCUUAAGGAAAUCCUUCGGGAGGGCGAAGGUGACGCAACUCCCGGCGAAUCGUGCACCGUUUACGUGCAUUAUCAUGGUACGCUGCAGGACGGAACAGUGUUCGAUUCGUCUAGAGAUCGCGGUACCGAAUUUGACUUCCAGCUUGGCACUGGACAGGUGAUCAAAGCGUGGGAUAUCGGUGUCGCGUCAAUGAAGAAAGGUGAGCUGUGCCGUCUGACGUGUGCCGCUGAAUAUGCGUAUGGCGAAAAUGGAUCGCCGCCGAAGAUUCCUCCAAAUUCCACGCUAAUCUUUGAAGUUGAACUCCUACGCUGGGCCUACGAAGAUAUCUCGCCCGAAAAAGACGGUUCACUGCAGAGAAGGAUCAUCACCAAGGGUGAACUAUACACGACGCCCAAGGAUCUCACAGAGUGCACGGCUCACAUCCGAGGUAGUUACAGCGAUGGAAAGGUCUUUGACGAACGGGAUGUCACCUUCAUUGUCGGCGAGGCAGCAGUACAAAAAGUCUGUCGAGCUAUCGAAGUAGCAGUGCAAAAGAUGAAGAAAGGUGAAAAAUCGGAACUUUAUUUGAAAGGCGACUUUGUUAAGGACCCAUCUCUACCCAGCGUUGAAGAUGGUGCAGAACUCACGUACGUCGUCACGUUGCACAACUUCGAAAAGGCGAAAGAUGCAUGGGAGCUGAACACAGACGAGAAAAUAGCCGCAGCAGAGAAGGACAAAGAGAAGGGAACCUGGCACUUUAAAGAGGGCAACCUUGAACAGGCGCUAAAGUACUAUAAUAGAGUCCGCGAAUUCCUUAAAAGCGAAGAUCGACUCAAGGAUGAGGAAAAAACGAAACGGGACAGCCUGUAUAUUGCCGGUUUGCUCAAUAUUGCCCUUGUUCAAUUCAAACUCAACGAAAUGACUCAGUGCAUCGAAGCGUGCAACGAAGUUCUCCAGCUGGACGCCAAUAAUGUCAAGGCUCUAUACCGUAGAGGUCAGGCGCAGCUCACAAUCUGCGAAUAUAAAAUGGCCAUAGAGGAUUUUGAUCGUUGCCUCAAGAUUGAGCCUGAAAAUAAAGCGGCAUUGUCACAGCGGCUAUUGGCAAAGGCAAAGCAUCGGGCCCAGCUUGAGCGUGACAGGAAGAUGUAUAGCAAAUUGUUCUAUAAAAUGUCCUCAGAUGGUGGCGAAGGCGAAAGUGGUAAGCCAAAGCCGACCGAAGAAGGUGUGUGGUCAAAUGAACAGGACAACUCAUCCGAUUUGAAGUCGACAGAAGCUAGCGUUAAAGCUCAGUAGAACUCAAUCGAAUUGAGAUUACGUAAUACAUUCUGCUGAAGUUGAGCUUAGCUGCCCCAUGUCCACCGUACGCCAGGAGGCAACUUAAGAAGUUCUUUCUUUCACUUCUAUACCAAAUGAGCGACAAAAAACUGAAGAAGACGCGGCUUUACUAGCGGCCUAGCCAAAGGAUCUAUCCUUAAUAAUGUAACAGCGUCAAAGGCCAAUGUAGAUUGUCCUGUCUUUUCUUUCCCAGUGAUCGAUGGAUAUGUGAACGAGCGAAAGAGAUUGGAAAGCGUAGCGUGCAUUCCAUGUACAUAAUGACAAUCUAUAUUAAGAAAAAAACUGAACAUAGAUAAAUGUUUGGCGUUUGCGUGUGAAAUCAUACUCUAACAACAUGAGUCUAUAAUUAUAGAUUUCCAUAUUGUCCGAUUUCAGCUAUAAGUAGCAUUUCACUUAUAAUUAGCUAGCUGGAAGUUGUCGCAAGUAAAUUGCCACUGGUGGAACGAC